AGAGCUGGCAUUUUUUAUCACAAUGUGGAGGUUUGGUGGUAUCUUUAUCCCUAUUGUUUAUCAGGUAUUUAGCAGCUAUCUUCUGUUCCUGGACAACAAAGGCAUAUCCUUCUAAGUGGAAUGUAAUGUAACGAUUAUAAGUCCAGGAGAGGCUACUCUUCCUGUCAAUGUUGUCCUGUAGCUCAUGUUUUUGUAUAGAUUUAUUGGUACAUAGCUUAAUGCACCUAUGAUAGUUACUAAUGAGAAUUCAUAGUCAGGGUACAAGAGCUGUAAGCUCUGCAUUAACUCAUCAUAAAUGUUUUCUUGUUCCUGGACUUUUGAUUGUACAUUCACAUCCGCGGGGCAGCUGACCUCUACAACAGUGCAUGACUUUUAUUCCCUGUCCCAUUGAACAUCAGGUCUAUUAUGUUUGCACCGAAUUGCUGUUUUUAUUGGAGUGUUCCAUCUGUAUUCCUUGUUUUAAAGGAGUGAAUACCUACAGGUUCUGACAUGCUUUUGAUGUAUAGGUCAGCGCAAACUUGCAGAUAACGUUGUAAAUAGUCUUUGUAAAUGUACGUACGUAUGUACAGACAGACAGAUAGAUAGAUAGAUAUACAGACAAACAGAAACAGAUGCAGAUCAAGAAAGAGGCACGGAGGUGAGGGAGAAUAGUAGAAUUGCCAUUGAGAGUUGUAAAGAAUAGUGUUGAAAUACUUAACGAAGAACAACAAGGCGUUCGUUCAGCCAGUCGGGAUGAAGUCGGAAAUCUUCAUUUUACGGUGAUGCGUAUUAUUACUACAAUUAUUAUUCGUCGUCUUCACAUGCACAGAUGGCUUCUCUUUUAAGGAAAUCAUUUAUCAACCAGUAUCUAGAUAAGGAAACUAAUAAAUCCGAUUCAGAGAGGAGCAACAGCUUCAUUGCGGCUACAGAUGCUGAUAGUGCUACAGGAAGAUGUUUACCGCAACACUCGCCGUUUCGCUCUCAUCUUGCGCCAACAAUAUCAAUACCAACUUCAUCACCGACUCAAACAUCGCCAGUGCUGACCCCAAAUGACAACCAUCAAAUGCGUUGGCAUUGGUCACCCAACAGCCCCUGUCAAACAGUGAAUGAACCAUUAUUCAUGUCCGACCAAGAGGAACUAGCGUCCCUUGCAGACGAAAUGGAUGAUGAUAACUUCGCGAACCUGGGGACUUUGUCAUUUUCAGAAGAUGAAGAAGCUCGAAAUUCUGCCACUGAUAUCGUCAAGACAGAACCAGCAUCUUAUCCAGAUCGAGUACCAUUUGAUGGGCAAUAUUAUGGAAAUGAGCGAGUCAAUUUUGAAGUGACUUCAGCUGAUAAAGUCAAACAGGGACGUUCCUCAUUUGUGAUGUACACAGUGCUAAUCAGCAAGAACUCUGGGAUUGAUAAAAUGCCAACCAUGAUAGAGAAACGUUACUCUGAUUUUGCAAAGCUUCACCACAGGUUGAAAAAGAAGAUUCCCCAUAAGAUGGAAGACAUUUUCUUCCCUAAAAAACUUCUAACAGGUAACUUCACUAGUGAGACAAUUGCUCGUCGUAGCAGAGCAUUCGAACAGUAUCUCACUCACAUUUUCUCUAUUUCUGAAAUACGAUAUUCAGAAGAAUUUGCUAAUUUUUUCUACCUAAAAGAACUGCAGACUGCCUAUAGCCUAAUAAAUGACCAUAAAUACUCUCAAGCAAUUCCUUUGAUGGAAAAGUAUCUUCCCAUCCAAGAGAAGGUACAUUCAGAUGUUCACCCAGAUGUCAUGCUGACCUUAUGUGCAAUAGCUGCUUGUUACCAUCAACUGGACCGACCUUAUAUGGCUCAUCGGUAUGCAGAGACAGCACUCAACUGCAUGCAAAACUUUGACAUUGUAGACAAUACCAUCUAUGUUGCUCUUCUACAGCUCUCCAUUCGGGUGUGCUGGACUUUAGGUAAAGACAAAAGGAAUAUGGAAGCACAACUUCAGAAUCUCCACAAACAGGGUGUUGUUACAGAAAACACUUGCUCUUUAAUGGACAUAGUCAAAUCACGAAUUAGGAAAAGCUACUAGAAAAGAAAAAUAUCAAAUUAAGUAUAGAUUAAUUAAAUUUCCCCUUUAAAAUUUUAUGCAGGAAAAUGAUUUGAUUUUAAAUUUAAUUUAGCUUUGCUUUUUAAGCAUUGAAGCCCCAAAUGAAAAGAUCUAACCAGCUUGCUCUAUACAAGUAUGUUCACUUAUAAAAAAGAAACAUUAAAAUAUAGAAUGCAACUGAGUCAUUCAAAACACCUGAAGAAAAAUGUGAACAAUAAUACACAAAUAAAAAAAAAUAAAGUAAGUAAAUAAUACUGUUUGAAUUUUGUUUCCUUAGCUGAGCUGGUUGUGCAAGUUGUCUAUAGAGGAAGGAGCAGCAGAUCCCUUCUACUGACUUAGCUGUGACUCAAUGAAUUACUUACUAGACUUACACAAAUACAAACCCUACUGCUGCCAAUGUAUUGUGAACAUUAGUGUACACAGUACUUUCCAUGCCUUAAAAAAAAAUUCAUGCAAAAACCAAGUUUUUGUAAAUAAAUAAAAAACAGCACUCCAUUUCAGAAUUUUUUUGUUUAUAAUCUAGCCAGAGAAACUGGUGGUGAUGGUGGUGGGGAGGGUGUCUUCUGAUCAGAGACCUGAUCAAAUGUUUUCAACAGACUAGACUCCAGGUCGUUUACCAAAUUUAAUUAAAAAAGCAUUAGUUGACCCAAAGCUAUGAUAGAAGACAUUUGCUCAAGGUACUGUGCAGCGGGAUUGCAUUGAAACCAUACAACUGCAGAGUGACUAUAAUCACACAAUCAUAUCUACUUCCUAUAUAGUGAAAUGUAAGAGAUUUGUUUGGCUAGUUGAUUGGAGUUUUAUUUAUUAUUUUCUUUUUACCAGCAAUGUUGAAACAUGCAAAUUUGAAGAUGGUGAAGGUGAAAAAUUGUUAGCCUGCUCACUGAAGGGUCAAUAAUUAAUACCCUGUCACUGUACUGUGUAUGUGUUGCUUGUAGACUCAGUAAUAAGUCACUGUAGAUAAAGAAAGUUCAGCACACCACAGGUAUGAGGAUAGUCUUGUAGUGAUGGGUUAAUAAAAAAAAAGUUAAAAUUAAAAUUUAAAAAAAAAAUGUGGGAAAACCUGCCUGUCUAGCUAAAGCGAAAUGUGUCUCAACUGCUUAAUAUUUGCCUGGGAGAAAAAGGAGAUGCAAAAAAGGAGGAAAAUCCAAAUAAAUCUGGGAUAAACAGCAGUAUGUUGCAAAUAUUCUGGUAAAUGGUGUAAAAUUAAAUAAAAGGUCUCAUGUAA